AUGGCCGACACUGGUUCAUAUUCGAACUCCGGCUGCCAAUACAUGCGCGUAACAUGCGCUAAGACAGGAUGUACUGAGCCAGCCAUCCAUGUCAUCCGCGAGAAGACAUGUUCUCUCGGACUGGCGCAUUCCGUAGUCUGCUAUCACAACUUUCGUGGCGUUAUGCUGGCACAUAACAUGAGGGUAAGGAUACCUACGCUCCAGAAACUCGAAAGCCCGAUUAGGGCAAAAUCCGGCGAUACUGACAACAGCUAUACGACGCACAAUAUGAAGGUGUUCUGUCCUGCACAUAUUUAUCACCACAAGGCUCUGCCCGGCCCGAGGAAGGCACGGGACCUGGAAUGUUUUGUCGAUUUUUGGAUGGACUACGCGUACGACUCGUUGGCAUCUACGAUUCGGCAUCCUGAGUUAUGGGACGAGCUCUCGUUCAACAAACCAACCAAGUUCAAUGAACGGAGAAAGUCUAAGAAGUCAAGUGAUGGAUCCGGCUACGACGCCGGGGUUGACGUCUUGGACCCCACUGACGGCGAGAAGAGCAGGAACAGUGAGCAAAAUUAUGACGAGGAAAGUUGCGACGGUGGGCAGAGUGGUGAUGGUGACGUGGGCGCUCCACAUGAGGAGAUGGAUGAUUCUCCCCGGAAGUUGGAUGCGCAGCAGUUCAAGAAAAUGUUUCGGGAGUAUGCUGCUGAACUCUUACUGGACGGUAUUGCUUUCGAAAGAUCUUAGUGUAGCUGUAUCAUGAGACAUACCCACUAAUUGAUGUAUUCAAAAUUCGUACUACUGGGAAGAACUAUUGUUGUGUUGUCGCGCGUUUGAUGUGUAGUGGCAAUGAAACCUUUGAAUUUCGAACUCGCACUCUGUAGUCUCAUACAACUCUAAAAUAAAGACUUAGCACACGUAAACAUG